AUGAUGACUGGAAAUGAUGAUAAAAAUCGAAAAUUCACAGAGAUUUGUGAGCUUUGUACGAUUGAUUUGGAUUUCGACGCAUUUGUCUUUUCGAAGCUGAAAAACGGUCCACAGGACGAAUUCACUCGUUUUCUGUCGCAACCAAUCGAUUCGGAAAUCGCUAAAAAACUUGUAGAAAACAUUUUGGAGACUUACAAACAGAAUUUGGAUUCUCCACAAGUUCUCGCGCAUCUCAAUUCUCAAAUUCAUUUCUUGAUCGUCCGCUGGAUAUGCUCUUCUGAACCUCGAGAUGCCAAAUCCAUUACCACGUGGAUUCCAGACGACAUCAGAAGACGUUAUUUGUUUCCGGAACUACAGAAUAAUCGAGUUGACUAUGCUAUGGAAAUCGCCGGAAUGGUUGUGAACAAUUUUAUGAAAACAUCUUCUGUCAAAUGGGAGCUUUCCACGGAAACCCUUAAUGUUUUGGAGAAUUUGUACUCUAGAAUUGCGAUUUCUCAAAUUUUGGAUUCGUUCAGAUUUUCGAUUGGAAAUCCUAAACUGUUUGAUGAAUUUGUGACUUUGGUCCCAGAAAGCAAUCAUCACAAUGAUGACCUCCUUCAAACUGUCACUAGCGCUCUUCGUUUUGCCAUGUGGAUUGUAGAGAAUUGGAAACGUCUCGAAAACUCAAUUGAAAUCGACUUUUGGGAUGAGAGAUCUGCGAAAGUUCAUUUAAUUCAUGAAAUUCUGAAGACAUUUACCUCUGACGACGUGAAGAUUCAGAAGAAUACGAAAGACGUUGUCGCUCCAUCUCAACAAAUCGACCUCGACAAUAACGGAAAUGAGCUCGGAAGGAAGCCUGAAUCUCUAUCUAAAUCGUCAAACAAACAGUCCCACGACACAGAAGAAGUUGUAGAAGAGAUUGGAAUUAAUCCCGAGGAAGAAAAAGGAAAAUCUCUGGAAGGCGACGACUUCUACAAAAAGAAUCCAGAAGCCGAGAAAUUGGAGAUCAAAAAAGAGAAACCGCUGGAAAUGGUCUCUGACGACACAUUUACUAUUGAGCCAUGUGUUCUGAAGACACAGUCGGAAGAAGAGAAUUCAGUGAGAGAGGAAACUCCGCCCAUUGUUGAACCUGUAGUAGUUCAAUCCGUUUCCGUUGGGAAAACUUUGGAAGAAGUCUCAGAUGAGAAACCCGUGGAAGAGCAUGAAUCUCGGCCAUGGCCACCGCCAAAUCGUUUGAGGCCAAGAAGAGUCAAAAGUCGUCCAGAACCAACGAGCGAUUUCGUUCAAUCAGUUUUCAGUGAAGUACUUUUGUGUUCGAAUUUUGGAAGGGGCGGAGCCAGAAUGAAGCGAAAAUGA